AUGAUCAUCCGACGCGCGCGAAACAAGUCCUCCGACUGCUCCUCGCUCCGCAGCGCGCUGGGAGACGAAAAGCCGCCGCCGGGGAGCGCCGACGCGGGCAGCGACCGUCGCGCCGCGACCGGGUGGGUCCCGGCGGCGCCGUCGUGGGAAGGAGAAGCUCCGGACUCCGCCGAGCCGCAGCCCCUCUCCGCUGAGGGGAGCGACGCUUCCGCGGCCGCGAGACCGUCGAUUAUCAGCCGACGCCCCGCCGCGACGGCAAUCCGCAAGCUGCGCAUUUUCUCCAACCGCGGCAGCGGCCGAGAUUCUGCGCUUGCCGCCGCAGCGGGAAACGCCGUGGUUCUCGACGGACUCGAGGGCGUUUCCGCGCAGCCGAGUCGCACGCGCAAUAGAGUGACCGCGAGUUCCGCGGCCGGCGGCGGCGGCAGCGGCGGCGGGGCUAUUCCGAAGUCCCCUCCGCGGCAGCGGGGACGGGCGGGAGUAGGGGCGGCGCGGCAGAGAAGCUUCAGCGGAUCCGCGGCGGAGCCUGUGACGGUUGUUCCGUUUGUGCGAAAAGAGCAGGGGGACAAGCAGCGGCAGUCGCCGCAGGAGUCGUCGCAGCCGUCGCACGUCAAGCGGAGUCUUAGCAGCAGCGGAGCUGAGGGUCGGCAGGAAGCGGCAGGACCGCAGGAUAUAGACGACGUGCUCCGUGCGCCGCCGCUGCCGGGGCGUAGUGGCGAAACGAAUCGCAGUGGCGAAACGGAUGGCGAACAAUCUCGAGGGCAGCAGCAGCGGGCCGAGUCGUAUCAUGAGGAGCUGGCUCUGGAUUUGAUGGAUUACUUUGGUGACAUUGCGCAGUCGUGGAGCGUUGAUAGCUCAAGCCGCGAAUGCGACUCGGUACAAGACGAAGCGGAGGCUGUUGCUGGUAAGGUUAAAACCCUCUUUGGGGAGGUGGACGGGGGAGAAGGGGAGAGGCGAGCGAAGGGAAUGGAGGGGGGAGGACGAGCGGGGGGAAUGGAGGGGGACGGACGAGCGGAGUCAUGGCGCAUCCCCUCUGUUCUCUCUUAUUCCUUCCAUCUUCACUUCCCCCUCCAUUCCCCCUUCCCCACAUCCCCCUUUUUUUUCCCUCCAUCCUCCCCUCCCUCUCCAUCCAUCCUCCCUUCUCCCUCCAUACAUCUCCAAUACCAAUAG